UACUAUACUACCAUACUAUAGCAUAGUAUGUAUAGAAGUUCGCGUUAUUGAAGGGAUGCAAAAGAGAAAGCUGAAGUGUCAGUUUUGGCGUGCACAACUCAGCAACUUGCACCCCAGAAAUUGAAUCGUGCCUACACACUUUCUCACCUAAAAUCAAAGACCAAAAUGCAUUAGGAAAAGUGUAACAAAGUGGCAAUGUUCAAGGCUGCUAGACACAACACAACCUCUGUUUCUUAACACUUUGGCAUUUUCUGUACUUUGAGUUACACAUGAGAAAAAGAAACCGCUUCACCUCAGUCUCUGCUUGAUUGUUCUUUUUCUUUUUACUUUUUUCCUUUUUUUUUUGUGUUUUAUCCCUUCAGCUUCUGGCUUCCGUGUCUGUGUUGAAAGUUGGAACUUGAAACUCAGUUUGGUGCUCCUGACUCCAUACACAAACAAACACACUGUCAUGCACAGCAACAACACCUAUUGCACUGCACCAUUUGUCUUGUCCAUCUUCUAUUGAACUCCCACUGUGCGCGAGUCUCUUGCCACUGUGAUUCUGGUGGAUGUAUAUUGGGGCUAUCUAUGAUUUAUUGGAUUUGGAGAUCAGCUACUGAGUAGUGGUAAAAUCUGUUUUUUGUUGUUUCAAUCGAGUCAGCCUCAGCUGAGAGGAAGCAGAUCUUAUACUGUCAAGAUGAAGUUCAUGAAGCUUGGAUCCAAGCCUGAUACCUUUCAGACUGAUGGGAACAAUGUUAGGUAUGUGGCAAGUGAGUUGGCGUCAGAUAUUGUUGUUAGUGUAGGAGACAUCAAGUUUUAUUUGCAUAAGUUUCCUCUCCUUUCAAAGAGUUCACACUUACAGACAUUGAUCUCCCUCAACAACGAAGAAAAUUUAGAUGAAGUUCAGAUUUCUGACAUUCCCGGUGGUGCAACUACCUUUGAAAUAUGUGCUAAGUUUUGCUAUGGUAUGACCGUUACCCUCAAUGCUUACAAUGUAAUAGCAACUCGGUGUGCAGCAGAGUAUCUUGGAAUGCAUGAGACCAUUGAGAAAGGAAACCUCGUUUACAAGAUUGAUGUUUUCCUUAGCUCUAGCAUCUUCCGUAGUUGGAAGGAUUCAAUCAUCCUUCUUCAGACUUCAAAGUCUAUGUUACCCUUGGUUGAGGACCUAAAGGUAGUCAGUCAUUGCGUUGAUUCCAUUGCAAAUAAGGCAUGUGUUGAUGUAUCCAAAGUUGACUGGUCCUACACCUAUAACCGGAGGAAGCUUCCAGAGGAAAAUGGGAUCGAGUCAAACCAGAAUGGACUCAGAACAAGACUGGUGCCAAAAGACUGGUGGGUAGAAGAUUUAUGCGAGCUUGAAGUUGAUCUAUACAAGUCUGUGAUUUCAAAUAUUAAAUCCAAGGCAGUUCAAUCCAAUGAAGUAAUUGGUGAAGCUUUGAAAGCAUAUGCUUACAGGAGAUUGCCAAAUUUCAGCAAGGGUAUGAUCCAGUGUGGGGAUGUGUCAAAGCAUCGUGUAAUAGUUGAAACUAUUGUGUGGUUGUUGCCUACUGAGAAAGGCAGUGUUCCUUGUAGAUUCUUACUCAAGUUGUUGAAAGCUGCCAUUUUUGUAGAAUCAGGAGAUAGAACUAAAGAAGAGCUGGUAAAGAGAAUUGGGCAGCAGCUGGAGGAGGCUUCUGUAAGUGAUAUUUUGAUUCAAGCACCAGACGGGGAUGCUACAAUGUAUGAUGUUAGUAUAGUACAAAACAUUGUUACAGAGUUUUUUACGAAAGAUUACAAUGUUGAGAUUGAAUCAGUCGCGGGUGGUGAACUUGAGGGAAUAAGAAAACCGGGGAUUUUAUCAGAUGCUUCCAAGCUGAUGGUUGCAAAACUGAUAGAUGGAUACCUUGCUGAAAUUGCAAAAGAUCCCAAUUUACCUUUGUCUGAUUUUGUUAAUCUUGCUGAGUUAGUGUCUAGCAUCUCUCGUCCAGCUCAUGAUGGCCUUUACAGGGCUAUUGAUACAUAUCUGAAGGAGCAUCCUGGGAUCAGCAAAGGCGAAAAGAAGAGGAUAUGCAAGCUGAUGGAUUGUAGAAAGCUAUCAGUUGACGCAUGCUUGCAUGCAGUGCAAAACGAGAGACUACCAUUGCGUGUAGUUGUGCAGGUACUAUAUUUUGAGCAGUUAAGAACUGCUGCAUCAUCCGGCACUAGCACUCCUGACAUACCUAGAGGAAUCAAAGACUUGAACAAUGAAUCCAAUGGAAGCUCAAGGUCAGGGACAACUAACCCAGAAGAUGAGUUGGAUGGUGUGGCCACAGCUGAGGAACUGAAAGCAUUAAGAAAGGAACUUGCAUCAUUGAGGCUGAGCAAUGGAGUUGGAAACAAUGACAAAGAUGGAGAUAUCAAACCUAGCAUGGACAAAGCUGUCAUUGGCAAGGUGAAAGGGUUGCUCAAGUCAAAAAAGUCUUUCAUAAAGCUUUGGGCUAGCAAAGGGGGUCAAGGGGAAAAUAGUGGCUCAGACUCGUCAGAGAGUAUUAGUUCUGCUAACCCAGAAGAAGCAAAAUCUACUCCUUCCAGAAAUAGGAGACAUUCAGUUUCCUGAGAGUAGUUUGGUUCGUUUUGUUGGCUUUUCUAUUAUUGCUUCUUUUCUUUCAUUUUAUUACUAGUUCACCAUGACAAGAUUCCAACACCAGUGGUUAAUAUCUUCUAUAUUGAGUAGAGUACAUAUAGUUUAAAAUAGUGAGUUGUGAAGAAUGAAAAUCAUGUAAUCAAAACAUCUAUCCUAUCAAUAGUUUUUAAGUUGCCCUUCGCACUUCCUUGAGAUUGAAAUAUCCCAAGAUUACAACCGCACACUCCUUUUCUUAGUAACUAUUUAAAGGAAACUGAUGGUAUAAAUGGGUAUUUACCACUUACCACUUUAA